AUGGAGGAAGCAUCACAAGAACAAAGGAAGGUGGUGAAGGCAUACACACCUCCUCUACCAUAUCCUCAAAGACUACAAAAGGAACUCAAGGACCAACAAUUUCCCAAGUUCCUUGGGGUCUUUAAAAAGCUAGAAAUUAACAUUCCCCUUGCUGAAGCAUUAGAGCAGAUGCCUCUAUAUGCCAAGUUCUUGAAGGAGCUCAUCAACAAAAAGAGAAGCUGGCAUGAGAAGGAAGCCGUCAUGCUCAUUGAAGAAUGUAGUGCAGUAAUUCAAAGAGGUAUUCCACCGAAGCUUAAAGAUCCAAGGAGUUUUGUAGUUUCAUGCACCAUAGGCAAGGUGACAUUAGAGAAAGCUCUCUGUGAUCUAGGUGCUAGCAUCAACUUGAUGCCCCUCUCAAUCAUGAGAAAGUUUGCCAUAGAAGAAAUCAAACCUACAAGGAUGUCACUUGUAAUGGCGGAUAGAUCAAUCAAGACACCCAAUGGAAUUGUGGAAAAUCUAUUAGUGAAGGUUGGAGAGUUUAUCUUCCUUGCAGAUUUUGUAAUCUUGGACACAGAAGAGGAGGGAAACAACUCAAUUAUCCUUGGAAGGCCAUUCCUAGUCACAGAAAGAGCUAUUAUUGAUGUUGAAAAGGGAGAAAUGAUCUUGGGUGCACAAUGA